AUGCAUACAAAAAAGGGCUUAGACGAGACGAAAAGUGACGCAACAUCACUUCCGCCACAUGUUUUGUGGAAAGAAGCUCGUGUGGGAAAGGAUGGAACUGUUAGGGAUGACGUUCAACAUAUUUAUGAUGAAUGUGAGACCCUAUCUCAAUCGAUAAGCACAGCUGAGGACCAGGAGAACAGGAGCGUACUUAGUAGAGCACUAAAUGUUCCUGAGUAUCCCGGUCGGGUGAGGGGUAAAGGGCAUGGUUGUACUCCAACUUCCUUGUAUAAGAAUCCAAGGAGAAGAAAUCCUAGCAAUCAAGAAGUGAUGGAGACGUUGCAGGCAUUACAAGCGCAAGUUCUUCAAUUGCAAAAGGAUAAUGAGAGAUAUAGGUGUAUGGAAAAGUGCAGUUCACAGUUGAAAGAAACUAGUGAGAAAGCCAGUAUCAAUUGUCAAAAUAAAUUUCCCGAGGGCAUUUCAUCUUGUCAGCUAUACUUAUCGUCACCGACUUAUCGCCUAGUUGGCAAGGGAAAAGUGCACAACACUUCGGGAGAUUUACUUCACCAUAGACCGCUCCCGGAUGGACACCUUAAAGUAUCGGUUGAUGUUGUAUUAGAUAAGGAUGCGUUGCUACCGAUACCUGACAUUGUUUCAGAGACAACAUUGUUGCGAGAUGCAAUAGGAUCAUUUGUUGCAUGGCCCUUGGAUCUCAUUUUCAUUGAUGAUGAGACGCCUACAAAACCCGCAUCUAAGGAUAAAGGGAUUUUGCGGCACAACGAGUCUGUUGCAUCACAAAAAGAGGUAUUUGCUCAAGGGUCACAACAACUGAGCCAGAAAAUUGGUAGUCGACAGAAAAACAAAAGGGAUCUUCCAGUGACUUCUUUGCCAAAAAAAGGUGCUUUUGUGCCUCGAUACCAGAUAUCUCUUGAAACACUUGUUGACUCAUCAGAUAUGGCAACAGCUGGUGCUAUUCGCUUACUGGAUAUGGAGGAAGAUAUCUUUGGUUAUUCAUGCACUGAAACAAUCGGAAAAGAAGAUCUGGAACAUAUUUUUCGGCAUCAAGAAUUAGGCGUCGGUGUUAUACACACAUACAUCCGGUUCUUGUAUGACAAUUUCAUGCGCGGGAAUGAUCAAUUGUCAAACAGAUUCCGUUUCGUGUCUUCCUCCCUGGUCAACAAAGCAUUAAUUUGUAGGGAACCGGAUUCAUGUAGAGAGUACUUAGUCAAGAGAUUCAUGGCCAGCAGUACAAACAACUUGUAUCUUUGGCCGUAUAAUUCAGGGUUAGAUUUUAAUUCUAAGUUUAUUCUAAUCUUUAAUUGUUUCUUUUACGUAAAAAAAUUCCAUAUAAACUUUUGUUUUAAUUUAUAGGUGUCACUGGUUGUUGCUUGCUAUUGAUCCUUUAAAAGAAGUGGUAUAUUUUCUGA